GGGCUUGCCUUCACGCAGGCGCGCUGGCGGCCACAGAAGUGCUUCCGCUUCCCUGCCGUCGGCAUGGCCGCGUCGGCCCCGUGCCUCAUCUCGGUCUUCUCGAGCCCGCAGGAGCUGGGCGCGUCUUUAGCGCAGCUGGUGGCGCAGCGGGCAGCGUGCUGCUUGGCGGGGGCCCGCGCCCGCUUCGCGCUCGGCCUGUCGGGCGGCAGCCUUGUCUCGAUGCUGGCCCGCGACCUGCCUGCCGCCGCCGCCCCCGCCGGGCCCGCCAGCCUCGCGCGCUGGACCGUGGGCUUCUGCGACGAGCGCCUCGUUCCCUUCGAGCACGCCGAGAGCACGUACGGCCUCUAUCGGACCCACCUGCUCUCCAGGCUACCCAUCCCUGAUAGCCAGGUGAUCACCAUUAACCCCCAGCUGCCUGUGGAGGAGGCGGCGGAGGACUACGCCAAGAAGCUGAGGCAGGCCUUCCAGGGGGACUCCAUCCCGGUUUUUGACCUGCUGAUCCUCGGGGUGGGCCCUGAUGGCCAUACCUGCUCACUCUUCCCAAACCACCCCCUCCUGCAGGAGCGGGAGAAAAUUGUGGCCCCCAUCAGUGACUCCCCGAAGCCACCACCGCACCGAGUGACCCUCACACUUCCUGUGCUGAAUGCGGCCCGAACUGUCAUCUUUGUGGCCACUGGAGAAAGCAAGGCAGCUGUUCUGAAGCGCAUUCUGGAGGACAAGGAGGAAAACCCGCUCCCCGCCACCCUGGUCCAGCCCCACACUGGGAAACUGUGCUGGUUCCUGGACGAGGCGGCAGCCCGACUCCUGACUGUGCCCUUCGAGAAGCACUCCACUUUGUAGCCCACCCUGAGGGACGCUGCCGCUGAGACCAUGCAGCCGGGACAGCCUGAGCAGGCAGGACCUUCUGGGGCUAGCCCCACUGCCACCGCCCUCCAGGCUUCGUUUUAGAAAAGCCACAUGGUGCCCCUGUAAGCCGACAGGUUCCGGCCACCAGCCCUGCCCAGGGGGCUCAGCCUGCAGGCCGUAGCUCUGGGCAGCCCAGAUAUUAAAAGCAACCUUUGCUCAAAGUC